CAGUUACCAUAACAAGAUGGUCCACUUCGCCUUCAUCACCCUGUUGGCACUUACAGCCAUAAAUUCAGGCGAGUCGACGAGUGUAGGUGCAAUUUCAAGGAGACUUGCCAAAAUUAAUGGAGAAAUACCCGGAAUCAUUACGGCUAUACAAAAUUCAGAAGUGAAAGUGGAAAAGGCUACAGACAAGAUUCUCAGUCAAAAUGCAAGCUUACAAGGAGAAAUAAAAAAGUAUACGGACUGCCUGGAAAAUGCAUACAAGUACAGUUGGGGAAGCGAGGCAUUUGACAAUAUACAUCGAAAUUUUCCCAGAGACCCUCAUAAGAAAUUAGUCGAUGCGAAAAAUUGUAUCCGACGAGAAACCUUGGAAUAUAAAAAGAAUAUAACGGUGUUCCCCAAUGAAAAUUGUUUCGUGAAUAUGCCUCCAGCACCUCACGCAGAUCUGAGUCAACUGAAUAAAGAAGUUUAUGCAUUAUACCAAAACAAACACUCGCUUACUAUUAAAAUUUGUGAGUUCAUUUUCUGUGUAUGAUUAAACUCCACAAUCGAAAAUUUCUAUGCAAAAACAAUAUAAAGGCAGUUGUGUGAUUGUGAGAAUAGUCAAUCCCAGUCUUAUGUUAGUUUGUUAUCAGAAGAACUCAGUAAUUGACCACUAUCCCUUUCGCUGGUCAAUUCAAAUACUUCACAAUCUGUUUUAUCAUUUCUAGAUGGGAAAUUUCUGAACCAAAUUCUAUUGAAAGGGUUGAUAUGAAAUUGAGGAGAAAUUCCACGAUGAAUUUCAAAUGUUGGCGUAACACUGAAUACAUGUACACUGUAGUAGCUUUCGUAAAUAUUUCAUUUUGAAUUUGAAUUAAAUAAAUCACUUUUCUGCU